AUGGCAACAUGUGGUGAGAAGCAAAAGAAAGCAAACAUCUAUGUCUAUAAUAUGGGAACUGGAAAUUUGAAGCCGGAAUCGAACUAUCCAGCAACCGUUAAGAAGUCGAUAUCUCGGGGAUGGGGACUAGUGAGGUCGAAAACCUAUCGAAAAAGUGCUGAUCGUGACGGAUUGAAGGCGGCAGAAGGCUUAGGAGAGGUGGCGGAAUCAAGAAAAUCAGUGUCAAUUAUAGAAACAAGAAAAUCAGUUUCACAUGUGGAAGUGAAUGCAGGAUCAGUGGCUGCAUUUCUUCAAGUGAAAGUGUUGGUUACUGAUAUGCCAGGGUUCAUGCAAGUCCAUGCCUUCAAAUGUGCAAGAAGAAUUUAUGACAAUUUGGAGAAGUUUAGCCCUAAACACAUGGCUUACAACAUGAAGAAGGAAUUUGAUAACGUGUAUGGACCGGCCUGGCAUUGCAUUGUCGGCUCAAGCUUCGGCUCAUUUGUAACUCACUCGACCGGUUGCUUCCUCUAUUUCUCCGUGGAAAAGUUGUACAUUUUAGUGUUCAAGACAAAGGUUCAAAGAGCCCUUCAAUGA